AUGGCUACUCCUGCUCAAUUAGAGGAGAAGGCUCGACAGGAUCGUCCAGAAGUUCCAACAAUAAGAUACCAUCAUACCCCGCCCCCGCUACCACCACGAGGAGAGUCUGUCCAGGCCCCUCCACCGUACACCGAUGAUGAUGCGAAGAGGAACCAAUUAAUCUCAGAGCAAUGGCAUUCAAAUGACCCAAGAUCAUCUUCCACACAUUCUUUGGUCCCUUCAGAAUCUAAUCGAGAUGGCCGUCGUAAACUGUUGCUCAUUUAUAUUCAUGGGUUCCUGGGCAACGAAACCAGUUUCCAAAGUUUUCCUGCUCACGUUCAUAAUCUUCUAACUAUCACGCUCCAAGAGACUCAUAUUAUUCAUACAAAAGUUUAUCCUAGAUAUAAGUCCAGAAAAGCUAUCAACUUUGCUCGGGAUGAUUUUAGCAAUUGGCUAGAGCCCCAUGAAGAUUCUUUGACCGACAUUAUACUACUAGGCCAUAGUAUGGGAGGGAUUCUAUCUUCGGAGGUCGUCCUCCAACCUCCAUCUGCUCCAGCAAAUCGUCUCUUUCGCCAUAGGAUAUUGGGAACAAUUAGCUUUGAUACGCCAUAUCUAGGCAUGCAUCCUGGAGUCGUGCUUAGUGGAAUUGGAAGUCUUUUUAGGCCUGCACCGGAGCCUCCAAGCUCAAGAUCAGGGUCAUUAUCGCCCAACGGGGCAAGUUCGCCGUCGAUGAACGGUCCUGCAUCUACAGCAAGCCUAGCAGACACACUCUCAGACUCGAAUACUACGUACCAAGAAAUUGAUGGACAAAGCAUGACAUCGCUAGCUAUGCCACCAUCAAAUGAUAAAUUUUACAAUGCCCCUUUCUUCAACGACAUCAGAAUACCAGAGCGAAAAGGAUUUGACAACUUCUUACACUUCGUUAACAAACAUGCUGAGGGUGUUGGGAUAACAGCAAAAUUAGGUGGUUUGACUUCUGCAACCUCACAGUACUUUGUAUCGCAUAUAGAGUUUGGUAGUUGUCUGGCAGAUUAUCCUGGCUUGAUGAAUCGUUAUUCCAAAAUACGUGCUCUGGAAGAUGUUGAUGAACUUGCUGGGGGGAGCAAUUUUGUAAAUCAAAACCAAACCCCACGGAGAAGAUUCAUCAAUUAUUAUACCGCAAGUACUGGUCGGCCCAGGAAGCCACGAAAUUCUGCCGUUGAAGAAUCCCUUCAUGAUAAUGCCUCGUUGAAGGCAGGAAUGAGUAAUCUGAGCCUAGAUCAUUCCGAAACUCAGCCCUCAACAUCAGAGGAGAGUCAAAUUACGACGGAUAUUAACCUUGAUUUGGCCAACGGUAUACAUAUGCAGCAGGUUGGGGAACAGAUGCAAGACUUAGGCAACAGUUCAGGGGUUCAGGAAGGUGCUCCACGAUCACCAGAAUUGCGACAGAUUGAUUCAAUGCCCAUUGAAGAAGACGAACCUGUACCUAUAGCAGGUCUAUUACAUGCUGAGGAAACAGAGAGCUCGGAUACUACUCCACAAAAAGCACCCACCGAACCUCCCCUCCCUCCUAUCCCCAAUACGCCGACAGAACCAGAACCAAUGAACUUCGAUCUUUAUACAGACAAAGACUCUCGGAAAGUCGCAGAAAAGGAACACAAACGCAUUGUGAAGGCUUAUAACCAAGCCUUGAAGGAUCGAGAAAGUGCUCUCAAAGACCGUCGCAAAUUGAUGGAGAAAAGAGAAAAGAAAGCACGAAAAGAUGAGGAGAAACAAUUGAAAGCUCAAGGCAAGCAAAGAUCAAAGGAAGAAAAAGAAGAGGAAAAGCGACAAGCCACAUUGAAUUCCAAAUCCUCCAAAGGGAAAGAGAACGUCCCGAAGGUGGAGCCGAAGAUGGAGAAGCCAAAAAAGGACAAGAAGUUUUGUGUGCUGCCUCCAGAGUCUGAGGGACAGAAAGAUGCCUGUUGGAUUCGAAUUUAUAUGGAAGGAGUAGACGAAAUUGGGGCACAUUGUGGUCUUUUUUUCCCAGGGCCACAAUAUGAAAGCUUGGUUGGUGAUGUAGGUGAAAGGAUUGAGACAUGGGUGAAGGAGGAUGCAGCGAAGAGAGCAGUCCUCUCUGGACGAUAG